AUGGACGACGAACGUGAGCAAGCUGGAGGUCUGACGACCCUGCGGCUAAGCCAGGUAAUACCGACACUUGAAGAGUUUAGGAAUAGCAAAGUAAAUUUUACGCCGACGCCUGCUAUCCCAAGCAUGCUCAAAAGGAAAGAAGAGGUUGUUGUGGAGAGAGUCAUGGAAAAUUGUGCAUUCAAAACCGCGAUGGCAUGUGUGCUAGGAUAUGGCCUUGGUGCUGGUUUUGGAUUAUUUACUGCAGGACUCGACUCAUCAAUGCCAUCAUACAUGGUACAAGAUACUCAAAACCAAACUGCAAGAUCAGUAUUUCGAGAAAUGAAAUCACGAGCCUCAUCAUACGGAAAGAAUUUUGCAGUUGUUGGAGCAAUGUUUUCAGCCACAGAGUGUCUCUUAGAAUCAUACAGAGGGAAAACUGAUUUACAAAAUGGAACCAUGGCUGGAUGCAUUACUGGAGGUCUUCUUGGUUUGAGAGCUGGAGGUCAAGCAGCCAUACUUGGUUGUGCAGGCUUUGCUGCAUUCUCAACUGCAAUUGACUACUAUUUCAGGCACUAAGUGAUACAAGUAUGGUAUGAGAGAUUGCAGCUCUUUGUUACAAUUGUGUAGCAACUUAUAAACUGUGAUUAGAAUGAUAUUGUGGGAAGUAUUUGCCACCAAAACCAGACUGAUACAUUACCAGACUUGAUGAAACAUACAAGUCAAGCCAUGUGGAAGAGUGGAUAUAAUGAUAGAAAAACAAUGGUAAAAAAUGAGCUAUUGGAAUGUCUGUAUUCAGUAUUUCAAUAGCUGACUGUUAUCUGUAAAUAACUGAAAUUUUUCAAUAACUCAAAAAAUACACCUGCUCUGCUAGUGAAAUUAAGCUACAUCUAUUAUUUAAGAUUUUUAGAAAAUUUAGAAUCCUUUCCUUACAUGGUGAAUGAUUCAAGUUUUUAGAAUAUAAAAUUCUCUAGUCAAGAUUUUUAAGGUAGUCAAUGGCCUGAUAACAUGCCUGAAGUAGAGAUCUUCAUGAUAUCAAAAACUUUUUCUAGUAAUAUGUUGAUAUUAUAGGUCUCAUUGGCUUUAUAUUUUAAUAAAGUUCCACCCUCACUAGUUAUAUAUUUUCUACAAUGACCAAUUUUAUGGCUAAAACAAAAUCAAAUAGCCUGUCAUUACAAUAUUGCUGUGAAACUUGAAUUUAUUGUUGAUAAAUGUUCACAAAUGCUUGUUUAUUUGGUAGGUUGUUUGGAUGUAGCUACUACAAGAUAUAUAUU